AUGCCUAAACGUGGACAAACAUUGAAAAGUGGAGCCCGUGAGUUAAUCAUCAAGCUGCAAGAUUACUUUGAGCGGGAGCGGCAAAAUGGCGGACCCCUGGUACCUGUCGAACAAGUACAAGAACGCGUCUCUCAGGCGCUUGGAGUUAGCAAACGAACGAUAACAAAUACUAAUAAAGAAAAGUUCGGCUCUACUGGCAUGGAAGAUAAUAUUUUACGUACUCAGAAAUCAUAUAUAUGGUUACUAUUCCAGAAAUAAAUAUCUCAACAGGAAGAAGCUUUUGGCAUCGUUAAGAGAAAAAUCUUAAAAGAUAUUGGUUUUUCGUAUAAAAAAACAGACAAAAGAAAAAUUUUAUUAGAACGAUACGACAUAAUUUUAAAACGGAUAAGUUUUUUGAGAGAAGCAAAAAAAAUUGAUAACUGGGAUAAUGUCGUGUUCACUGACGAGACAUGGCUAAACGCCAACCACACGGUUUCCCGUUCUUGAACGGAUGAUACACAAGCGUCGACGUCGAAAGUACCAAUGGGUAAGGUGGCCCGUCUGAUAAUAUGCCAUGCAGGUUCUGCAAAAUACGGCUUUGUGGAGAACGCGUUACUGGCAUUUCAAUCAAAAACCACAAAUGACUACCACGAGGAAAUUAAUGCCACUACAUUUAAAGAGUGGUUCCAGAACGUGCUUUUGCCCAGCCUACCAGAGCCUUCUGUAAUAUUCAUGGAUAAUGCCUCCUAUCACUCGGUUCAAAUACAGAAACCACCUACCCAAGCUAAUAAAAAAGAAGAAAUGGUGGCUUGGUUACAAGCAAAAGGCAUUGA